CUUAGGAAAGGUAGAAACAGAAUAAGAUGUUUUGAAGUUCUUGCUGGAGAAGAAAACAAGAGCUUGGUCUCCUCCAAUGAAAGAAGUACCACAGAGAGUAGGCAGGUUGCCAGGCAAGCUCGGCAGCGUGACCACACUGCAUUGAGUUUCUUUAAUGAAAGCCAGGAAAGAACACAUUACACAGUGUUUCUUCUGAGAGCUAGCUAGCCUCCAGUGAUUGAAAUCAAUAAAAACAGUCGGCAUGGGGCCCAGUGGGGGAAGAGAGAAAUCUCUACUACAGCGUUCAGUUUGCUUUCCACUUUCUCCGUCUUCCUAAAGUUAAACUUUGAACACCAAGACAAACUACUUCAUUUUCAGCACUCAGAAGAUUUUGAGAGGGAUGGUGGGAAGAUAACGUUUUAAUUUUCCUUCUGCUUUCUAUGCUCCCUCUGCUCUCUUACGGAGUUCAGAAAAUGAAAGGGUUGUUUUUCAUUUGAAUCCUGCCUGGAAGAACUUCUACGGACAAGUGCAUCAUCCUAUACUUAGAAAAGGGAUGAAUUUUACAGUGAAAGGAUGUUAAGUGGUGAAAGAGAAGAAAAAAUGGAAUCUUAUUCAGCAAAAAGUACACUCACUGGAUAGAACGUCAACCACUGCUGUGAAAGCUUCUGAAACUGCAUUCAAAAGAGUAAGACCAGUGCAAUACACAGUCUAAAGCAGCUGAAACUUAUAAAAAUACAUGCUCAAUGCAAAAGACAGGAUCACAAGGAAAAUAGUGGAGAAAUGAGAUAUCGGAGGUUUUGCUGAACUUAUUCUGAAAAAGGUUCCAAUACCAGCAAAAUGUUUCUGCCUGCGAUCAAGAAACCCAUUUGCUACAGCCUCAAACAACAGGGUCGUGCUUACCGGAGAAACAAGACAGCCCUUUUCAGUCUACUUCCUUCCUCUGAAAUGUUAGUUACCAACUGUGUUUGGACCUUGAAGUACAAAGGAGUGCGCAACAUGAACUGAAGAAAAGCUGGUAACCAGAAGAGAAGAUACAAAAGUUAAGAUCACUAUGUGGCACUGUGAAGCUUUCAAUAGUACCAAGAACAGCGAGAACCAGCAUCUCUGCCAUGACUUCCAUCUGGUUCUUUUCAUCUUUUCCCUACUCUACCUCAUCAUCUGUUUUCCAGUUGGCUUUUGUUACAAUGCCCUGCUGGUCCUAGUUAAUCUCUGUAACAAAGCAACUAUGACAAUGCCGGAUGUUUACUUUGUCAAUAUUGCAAUUGCUGGCCUCAUCAUCAGUGCGAUGGCACCAAUGUACCUUCUAGGACCUGCCAAUACAAAAUGGGCCAUCUGGAAUAUUAACAAUGAAGUUUAUAUUACAUUACUCAUUUUAUUCAAUGUUUCAUCUUUAGUUAUCAUGUACUCUACUACAUUGCUCAGCCUGGACUACUACAUUGAACGUGCUUUACCAAGAACUUAUAUGUCAAGCGUGUACAACACAAAACACGUCUGUGGGUUCAUCUGGGGAGGAGCUAUGCUUACAAGUUUUUCAUCUCUCUUAUUCUACGUCUGCAAUCAUGUCUCCACUAAAAUAAUUGAAUGUUCCAAGAUGCAAAACAAAGAAGCAGCAGAUGCCAUUAUGGUUUUUAUUGGGUAUGUCGUACCAGCUCUUGCUGUACUGUAUGCAUUUGUGUUAAUUUUGCGAAUACGUCAUGAAGCUACACCACUGGACCAAGACACUGGAAGAUUAGAUCCUUCAAUGCACAGGCUUUUGAUUGCUACAGUCUGUACACAGUUUACAUUAUGGACACCCUACUAUGUAACUCUUUUGGUAAACACAUUUAUUAAUGUGCAAGGAAAACUUACAGAUGAGAAUUACAUUCGAAUAUUACGUUUUAUGAAGGGUUUAUCAAAAUUGUUGGCUUUCUCAAGUAGUUUUGUAAUGCCUCUACUCUACCGAUAUAUUAACAAAAACUUUCCCCACAAAUUACGACGGCUGCUUAAAAGAAUACACUGUGGAAAUCAAGGAUGUUCUCAUGAACGCACAGUAGUUCAGCAAGUUAUGACGUAGAUGUGAAAGAAUCUCAUGGUCCUCAAUUACUGCAGUACUUUGUAUACUGUACCCAGUAUGUGACAAUGUUUUGUUGAUUCUUAAAGAUCGUUUAUUUGGGAGCACCUAGCAAGGAGGCUUGAAAAGAGCUUCCACAGUUUAAACCUACAGAUAGUAAAAAUGGUUGCAAAAAAUCUCUUAAGCGUCUAUCUACAUGUUAUAAUACCUGUGUUUUCCAGUAUUUUCAAUGCACUGAGUCAGUUAAAAAGCAUAAGCUUUGUCUUCACAGUUCUAAUAAUCCUGUCUGAAGAAAUCACUAAGGGGUUAAAUGAAGCCUUGAUUGAAUACACAGCACUUUGUUAUCUUAUACAGGAAAAAGAAGCAUUUUACUCUCCAUAUAAAGGAACACAAUUGUUUUAAUUUUAAAAGUAGAGCUAUUCUUGGUGGUGGUGAAGAUCUCUGUUAAAGAUCAGACUGUUCAACUAUGUAAGUUUUAAUAGUGAAGUGUUAAUUAUAAUUUACUUUAGUAUUUAAUUAAUUUGCUUCCUCUCCCUUCCCCAAAGAAGGGAAAAGGAACCUAAAAUGCAAUUCUAAGAAAGGAUAUUCUCAUGCAGACUUAGCUACAUUUUAAUAUCUUUGACAAAUCAAAUUUUCCUAGAUGUAACAAUUAACAAACAUGCAUUUAAGUCUUCAUUGCUCUCUGUGUAUCAUAAAAACAUUUCAAUGAUUCAGAAAUAUUUAUUAACUAUUUUAAGGGAAUGAAGAGAUAUUUGCUCUGCAUAUUAAAACGAAGGAUACAAUGGUUCAUGAAGUUAGAGUGAAAGUAAAAUAUACAUGGUUGAAGAAUGUUUGGCUAAGUGUUAUGGUCCACAAAAGUUCAUGUAAAUAGAGUGAAUUAUUUUAAACAAAUAAAUAUGUUUCUAAUGAACAUUUUGCAUUUUUAAGGGAUAUGCUUGUGACAGUAAUAAAUUGAAGUCUCUUUAAUCAUGGGACAUUGUUAAACUUUGGGGGGAGGGGGAAAGCUUUCGAUGUAGGUAUUGUUUUAAAAUGGGCGAGGACCUGGAGCCCUUUGUAAGUCUCAUAAGUUACUAGGAAGAACAAUAUGUUGCUUCCUUUAAAAUGUGUCAGGCUAUGAGCAGUCUUUCUUAAGAUAGGCUUAGUUAUCACUAUCUUACUUUUUAAGUACCAAAAUUCAAGCACUUGAAGUGACAGGAAAUGUAAAAUGAUGCAGAAUGAAAAGAAAAAUUCUAUAGUUUCUAGUAUUAUUAAACAUACAUUUUUAGCUUCUAAAUUUAACCAGUUGAAAUUGCUUUGUUUACAUAAGCAAGAAUAAUUUGUAUUUUAUUUAAUAUAGAAUAAGCCAAGUUAUACAUAAAAGAAAUAAGGAAAAUAAUCCAUAACAGGAGUAAUAUUUAAAAUAGAUAUUUAUUCAUUCAAACCAGCACUAGUUAUUUGCUAAAUAUUUCGUGGAACUCCUUGCAGCCUGACUCCAGAAUGCACUGUAUCAAUUGAAUUUUUUAAAUUCACAAUAGUGAUGAAGAAAUUCAGUGCAGAUUGCCAAAUUUUACAGUUGAGAGAGUAUUUGAAAAACAGAGAUUCUGCAAACACAAACAGUGGAACCUCAUUGACCUACACGAACAGGGGAAUGCAAAUUAGAGAGGUUUUGGGGCUAGGAAACGUUCAGGGAGAGCAUCUGAUCCAAUGGUUAACUGUAAGUGCCCUCCCUUUGGGCAGACAGCAGAGAAGCCAGAAGAUGAGCUGGUACUCUUCUAUUGGCUUGUGGGGAACAUGACAUCAUCUACACUGGCCCUGUCUCAACACAGUGGCAGAAUUCCAUUGGUUUAGAAGUUAAAUUGCAAAACUAAAAUUUCACAUUAGUGCGUAUUUACAGUUUACCAAAGUGUAAGUUAGCAAGAUUCUGCUGCAGAAGAAAUAAGGAGAAAAAAUAACUUUAAAGCCCUUUUAGUUAUUAAUAGUACCAUUUCACCAUACACUCGGUCUCAGGUUUUUUGUCUGUUUCUGUAUAGAUUACAAACUAUAUGAACCAGGAAGAGUGAGCUCACAAUCUAUUUAUCACUUCUUUUCCCUCCUCCCCUUCAGUACUAUUCCAUUCAAUUCUCCACACACCUGUCUCUGCUUCUCCUCUCUGGAUAGUAAUUUAUUCAGCUCUCCCAUGAACAUGUUGAUUAUCCUCUACUGUUCUUUUUGGUAUCUUGUUCUAUAUUUUUAAUAAUUACUUAUUUUAAUUAAGACUUUGCUCAAAAUAAUUUUACUCUUAAUUCCCUGUAUAUUAAACCACUUGAAGGACUAUUCAACUCAAUCAUAUUGAUCCUUUUCAUAGGUUCAGUGUGUUGAUUAGCUCACAAAUCUCCCUCAUACCAGCUGAUGGGAAUGAACCUGACCUUUCCCUGUUACUGUGUCUGAUUUACAUUUCACCUAAUUUUGAGCCAAUACACCCCUUUCAGCCACAUGAUCAUUCAUGCUCUUCAUAUAUCAUGUGCCUUGAAUCUCACUAAAUAUAAUCUACUGUAAUAAAUAGAAUACUGUAACAGUCAUCUCUCAAAUCUCUUUUCUGACCAGCAUAUCAGACAGCCGUUAAAUUUUGCACACGUUCAGUAUCUGCCUUUAUGUUUUCCAGUACUAUGGAGCCUCUCAGUGCCAUAGUAUCAAAAAUCUUGCCUUUAUUUUAAAUGUAAAAAUGAAAAGGUAGAGAGAUUUAAAAGUGAGCUCUUCACUACCUCAUUAGCAGCUUCUUUAUAGGAUGGAAAGCGCCAAUGAACAAGCAUGAAUCUCCUCCUCUAAAUAAUUUUUGCUAUGUUGCCAAGUCUCUUCAUGCUCUACUAUCUCAUCUUCUUGAAACUUAUUUUUGAAGUGGAACUCGCUCAAAUAAUUUCUCUGAAAACACAGGCAUAGGGACACAAAUGCAUCUUCCUUUUUGCCAUAGCAACUGCAUCCUCUCGCAGCUCCAGCUUAAUUCAAUACGAGAUCCUCUUUCCCAAGAGCUUGCUGGCUCUGUUCAAUCAAGUGCUACUUGUCCUAAAGAGCUCAGGACUAGUUGCUUGAAAAACUGCUUCUAACUUUCUUUGCAGCAUUUCUAAAGUCAUUAAACUUUAUUCCAUUCAUUUGCUGUAGAACUCUUUUAAACAACGGCACAAUGUUAUGGGCACAGAAAAAGAUGGAGGCAAUGUGGGGAACAAGGUGUGCCAGGACACAAGACUCUUGGUGGCUCUACCCUUGCGGUCCCAUCCCUGGUUGGAGUAGUUGUGGCAGGGGAGCCUCCCUUGCUGCCCAGAGACAGGAGAGGCAACAGACAUGCACACACACCCUCUCAAAAGUAGCAAGGCUGGCAGCAGAUGUUCCCUCUUUUUUUUUUUUUUGUAACAGUGGGGACUAGUAUUUAACCUAGCAUCUGAGAUGUAUCAGCUUGGAUGGGUAGGUGGAUGUGUACACCAGGUCCACUGCACUUUCUGCUUCUGGUGGUGGGGCUUCCCAGAACAAUAGGUUUUGGAGUUAACAUCGCAUUGAAAUGAACAGAGCACCUCGUACCUCUCAGAGCUGUUGUUUCAGGUGGUCUGCAGACUAAGGGAUACUUCCUGGCACCAGCUGCACUCAGUUUGCGAGGGCCUAUUGUGCCUGUGCUUUAACCUGGCUCUGUAUGGGCAUUUUUAGAAAUCAUCUGUUUCCUUGUCUACUUGAGUACUUGUAACAAUUGCAGGAGAGCCUUCUUUAAUUCCCACCCACAAGUGAACAGAUAAUAAAACUUCUCUUAUACCCAUCUAGCAGAAUAAACUCUCCUCUUCUUCUUACCAAAAGGAAAUCCAUUUCCUGAAGGGCAACAUUAAACCCAGCAUUUCUGUCCUGUAAAAGUUGUUACUGAAGUGCAGUCCAGCAUCCAAGGAAACAAUUUCUAGAAGGAAGGAAACUGGCUUUACCUGGUGUGACUAUAGAGUCAUGCCAGACUGAUUGCCUCUUUAAAACACACCUCCAGAAUGUUAUGCCUGGCUUAGAGAUUUAGCUGCAUUGUCAAUUUUAACUCUCACUAUUUGCUUUCCUUGCUCACUUCUAAUUUUAUGUCCCCACAUAAUUAGGGUGACCUGAUGUCCCAUUUUUUUUAGGGACAAUCCCGUUUUUUGGGACUUUUUCUAAUAUAGGCGCCUAUUACCCCCCCCUACCCCCACCACCUGUCCAGUUUUUUCCACAGUUGCUAUCGGGUCACCCUACACAUAAUCUUAUCCCUAAUUUUCACAAACAUGCAGCCUCUCCAUUUGCAAAGUAUAAAAUGCCACAUUAAUUUCUGUCCUUUUCCACUUACAUGAAAUUCCCUGCUUCACACUAUUGAUCUUUAAUAACCUCUUCAGAUUAUCAUUUCUUGUCACUUUUAAUGUACUAUAAAAUUUGAUUUUCAUGUUUCAUUUUGCUCUUCUACUCUUUCACGUGGGGCCUCACACUUUAUCCGUGGUACCAUUCACUGUGUUUUAGCUUCACUAGCUUCUGUUCCGUUGUCUUUUUAUGACAUUUCAGUUUUAUUGGAAUGAUUUGACAUUGUAAUUCAAUGCUGUCCAAUACAAUGGAAGAUGCUGUUUUUAUGAGGGGAAAAAAAAGAAAAAGUUCUAAUCAGUUUUCUUCAACAUACUCUACAAAUCUGAAGACUGUUUUAAAGUCCUAGUUUGUGUAUGUGUGUGUGCCUGAAGUUAAAUAUUUUUGCACAGAUCCUAAGAAAUAUUUUAAAUAUGAGGAUAUCAUCAAUUGAUUCCCCACCCCCUCAUUUUUGUUUCUGGAUUAGACUGGGUUGUUAUUUUCAAUAGUGAACCUAAUCUUUUGGCUGCUCCAUAGACACUAUGACAUGCAACUGCCCUACUACUUUUCUCGGGAAAUGCUAACAAGGCUUACUGUAUUCGCAUGCACUCUCCUUGAAUAUUAGAUCAGUAAUGAUUUAAAAAAAAAUAAACAUUGAAGUAAACAUCCAAAUGGGCAACAACUUUGUAGUGGUUAUACAAAUAUAAAAAUAUAUGAGCACAUACAUUAGAAACUGUCCUUGGGGGAAAAUUAAAUAUGGGAUAGUGAAAAUAUAAGGAGUUUUAUGAACGAAUCCUUGAUAUGACAAGUUCUCAAAACAUAGCAAACACCAGUAAAUCAAAAGUGGGGCCUUUCCAUUUCAAUGCCUGAAGGUUUCUGAUUGCUUUGUAAAUAUGAGCCAAUCUGUUUUGCAUUUGAAUUAAUAUUGGUAAAGUACUGUAUAUAUGCAGAUAAAAGUAGCCUACUGAUGUAAAAAAAUUUGCAAAGAAUUUAUUAAAUUAUUUCAAAAAAAUGAUACUUCUAUCACCAUUUAAAUGUAAACCUCUUUCAAUGAUUAAAGUGUACUGUAUAAAUUUCUAUUUGCAUAUGCUAUACAUUAGAAAGUCAGCACAAGAAAAGUGCCAUUAUUAACAGUAUUAUUUUCUCACAGAGUUUAGUAUUUUUGAGUUGAUUUAUGGUUUGUAGCCUCUCUGCUUUCAGAAGAGCCAAUUAUGUCAAAUCAAUAAACUAACAAAACUGUU